AGGUUCUGCGCCAGUUGGCAGCGCCACUCGCGCUGCGUUACGAAGUUUCACUUUUAUAUUUGUUUUGUCACUAUUCAUUCACUAUUUGAAGCUAGUCAGUCACCAAAAAAUGUUGGCGUCGCGAUUGAAUCACCUAACUUCACGCCUCCAGGUGCUGCGCAGGUGCUCCACCACGCCAGGUCGCCAGCAGAAGGAGAAGCCCGUUGAAGUUCACGAUCCUUUGCAGGCGAACGCCUUGAAGGAGCAAUGCAUUUUAGUAGACGAAAAUGACAGAGCCAUAGGAUCAGUAUCCAAGGCAGACUGCCAUAGAGUGCAUCCACAGACGAAAGACGUGAAGCUGCAUCGCGCGUUCAGCGUAUUUCUCUUCAAUGCCAAAGGUGAAAUGCUGGUGCAAAGGCGUUCAGUUCACAAGAUUACCUUUCCCAAUACAUAUACAAACGCCUGCUGCAGCCACCCGCUUCAUGAGAUUGAGCAGGAGCGUCAGGAGUCCAACGCUCUGGGCAUCCGGCUGGCUGCCCAGCGUCGUCUGAACUACGAGCUGGGCAUACCAACAGAUGAAAUCCAGCCGGAGGACUUUCACUACCUCACGCGUAUCCACUACGCCGAUGCGGGCGAUGGUGUUUGGGGUGAACACGAGAUCGACUACAUACUCUUCCUGCAGAAGGAUGUAACGCUGAAGCCCAACAGCAACGAGGUCAGCGAGGUGCGAUUCUUGAAACGCGACGAGAUCGACGACGCAGUCUCAAAUUUCAGCGCCCCAUUGACCCCCUGGUUUUCCCUCAUAUUGCGUCACCGCCUCAAACAAUGGUGGGACAACUUGAACGGGUUAAAACAGUUCGAGGACUUGAAAAACAUACAACGCUUUUAAAUAUGCACUCUAAAUAUGCUGUGCUGACGAACCAAAAAUACAAGUAUAACCAAUGA